UCAUUUCAGUCAGUUGCGAAAGCGCGCAGUUCGCGCACGCGCCGUUUCAUUGUUGGUCGUAUUUUACGCGGGAAAUUUAGUGUUGGGAUAAUAAUUUAAACGGCAAUAUGGCUUCAACAGCCAUAUGUGGCCGUUUUGUCUUACUCCUUGCUGUGGUAGCGGCUUCCAGAGCGCUCACGUUUGACGAAGAAGCGACAAACGAUGUGAUAGCGGCUGCAGGUUCAGCACGGGAGGGAGGAGAGGUCGCUAUAUUGAUCAAAGGCCCGCAGGGGAAGGGCAACAGGCGUGAAGUGUUGUUCCGAGCCAUGGCUUCCGAUGAUGACGCCAUAUCAUUGUACUAUAAUCACAAGACAAACAAAAUAUCUCUUGAGAGUCUGACCGGCAGCAACCUGAAGGGAGUAUCCUGGGGUCUCGGGACUCAUGCUCAUGAAAAGCUAAUACUUGUAGCAGCUUUAGAUAGAGUCAAACUAUAUGCUGGUUGUAAAUCCCUCCACUGGCAUGACAUGCCAGGACAGCACGAUCUUCUACAGCUGUUCUCUAAACAAAAGUUAAAACUGUAUCACGAAGAAAGUAUACCAAUCGAAGUAUACGGCAAUGAACAUGCAGCUUUAGAUGCUUUAAGUUGUGAAACUCAUGAAAGUCCACUGAAACCACCAACACUAAUGUCUUCUGAUAAAUCCGACGUAGAAGAUGUUAAAGAAUACAUUGCCAAAGAUGCUAGGUGGAAAAGAGAAGAAGAACAAAUGCAAGGAGAUGAUUACAGAACGAAUUAUAUAGAUCCAAAUGGGAUACUUCCACAACCACCACAAGUGACUACACAAAGAGGAGAUAUUCCAUCGUUGGAUAUAGAAUCAUGCGACGAUGAAUUGAUUCGUCAGCUAAAUCUUCUCAGACAAACCAUUGAAAUGCUUCGUAGAGAAUUGGGUGAUCAGAAGGGUAAUAUUGACAGUUUGAGGAAUCAACUGCGUGCAUGCUGCAACCGAGUGCCAGCACCACCACCCGUUGAAAGAUGCACCGGCUCCUCAUGUUACCCUGGUGUGGAAUGUCGUAACACGGCGAGUGGUGUCCAAUGCGGCUCCUGCCCCCGUAACAUGGAAGGUGACGGUAGACGCUGCAGACCAAUACUUUGUAACAGAAGACCUUGCUCACAAGGCGAGUAUUGUGUAGACACAGAGCAAGGAUAUCGCUGUGAGAGAUGUCCGUCAGGUCAGAGUAGUGAUGGUAUCACUUGUCGUUCGUCUUGCAGUUCUAACCCGUGCUUCGGUGGUCGUGUAGCCUGUCAAGAUUUACCGGGAGGAGGCUACCGCUGUGGACCCUGUCCAGCUGGUUUCCAUGGUAACGGCGAAGACUGUCAGAGGCUCUCGUGUCAUCACAUCUCUUGUUAUCAGGGUGUGGAAUGUCAAGAGACAUCAUCAGGACCUCGUUGUGGCUCUUGUCCUGAAGGCUACAUGGGUGACGGGCAGAGAUGUCAGCACAUUUGUGACGCAAGAAAGCCUUGCAGGGAGAGGAAGUGCACGCCGAUAUCGACCAGUCCAUACUACCAGUGCCAGGAGUGCCCUAAAGGCUUCCAAUGGAGUGGUUACUCGUGCGUGGAUAUCGACGAAUGUGACCUGAUCCGUCCUUGUGACGAGCUGGUGUCCUGUCGCAAUGAGGAGGGCGGGUUCACGUGUGGGCCAUGUCCCCCGGGGUACGCGGGCAGUGCGGGGUGGCGCGGCGCGGGGGACGAGCGCCGUCGGGAGCGCUGCAUAGAUAUUGAUGAGUGUGAGGAUGGACGUACCAGUUGUCCUAGAGGACGAUUAUGUGUUAAUACACCGGGUUCAUAUACAUGUGUGCCAUGUGGGGGUAACUAUUACGUGAACACCUCGCGGCCUUGCUUGGAGCCGGGCUCGCUGGUGCAGCGCUGUGACCCCGCGCGCUGUCGCCGGUUCAAUGCCGUCUGUGGGUACGGGCAAGAGUGCGUUUGUGCGACUGGUUGGGCGGGCAACGGAACCGUGUGUGGACCGGACAGAGAUAUCGACGGGUAUCCGGACCACAAGCUGCCGUGCAACGAGUUGCACUGCAAGGCUGACAACUGUCCGGAAGUCUCUAACUCCGGACAAGAGGACGCGGACGGUGACGGCAUUGGUGAUUCCUGUGACGCGGACGCUGAUGGUGACGGCAUACCUAAUAUUCCGGAUAACUGUCCCCUUGUAUCAAAUCCGGAUCAAUUAGAUAGAGAUGAAGACCGAAGUGACAAGAGAGGUGACGCGUGUGACAACUGUCCACGACGGUACAAUCCUGGACAAGAAGACGCAGAUCGCGAUGGCAUUGGUGACCUCUGCGAUACUGAUAUGGACAAUGAUGGUAUUGUGAACGAGGAUGACAACUGUCCCCGUGUCCACAAUCCGGGUCAGGAGGACAUGGACGGUGACUACAUUGGUGACGCGUGUGACAACUGUCCUCGUGUCCGUAACCCCGCACAGGAUGACGCCGACAGAGACAAUGUCGGUGAUGCGUGUGACAGUGAUGUUGAUCGUGACCAAGAUGGUGUUCAAGAUGGUUUAGACAAUUGUCCUAACUUAGCCAACAGUGAUCAACUGGAUGUUGAUAAUGACGGCAAGGGUGACGCUUGUGAUGAUGACAUUGACGGUGAUGGUAUACCCAACUUGGAGGACAACUGUCCUCUUGUGCCGAACUCCAAUCAAAUGGAUAGUGACGGAGACAGUGUCGGUGACGUAUGCAACAAUGAUUUCGACGGAGACAAUGUUACAAACCCUUUAGAUAAUUGUCCAAACAACUCCAAAAUAUUCCGCACAGAUUUUAGAGAAUACAUGACAGUCAGAUUAGAUCCAGAAGGUGAAUCACAACAGGAUCCUAACUGGGUGAUAGCUAAUGAUGGUGCGGAGAUCCUCCAGACCCUCAAUUCUGACCCAGGUCUAGCUGUCGGUUAUGAUAAUUUCGGUGGAGUCGACUUUGAGGGAACACUAUUCGUUGAUACCCAAAUAGAUGAUGAUUAUGUUGGAUUUAUAUUUGGAUAUCAGAACAACAAACGUUUCUACGUUGUGAUGUGGAAGAAGAACACACAGACGUACUGGCAGACGACACCAUUCCGUGCGGUAGCCGAGCCAGGUAUACAGCUCAAGCUGGUCAACUCCAAGACCGGUCCGGGAAAGACGCUCAGGAACGCGCUCUGGAAUACAGAGUCUACUCCUGAUCAAGUGACUCUUCUGUGGAAAGAUCCUCGCAAUGUAGGUUGGCGUGAGAAGACCGCGUACCGCUGGCGUCUACUGCACCGACCGAAGAUCGGUCUCAUCCGGCUCAAGGUGUACGAGAACAACCGGCUGGUGGCAGACUCCGGCAACGUGUACGACUUCACGCUGAAGGGUGGCCGCCUCGGCGUCUUCUGUUUCUCACAGGAGAUGAUCAUCUGGUCCAAUCUCGUGUAUCGGUGUAAUGAUAAAAUUCCUUCGAACAUCGUUUCCGAAUUGCCGACUCGACUGCUGAAGAAAUUGGAAGUCGACCAUAAUUUUAUUUACGCUUAAUACUGAUACAGUAUUGAAAUUAUUUGAUAAAGAUGCAUUUGAAAAUCAAUUUAAAGUUUUAUUAAAAAGAAAAAAUAUUAUUUUAAAAUGAUACGAUUUUUAAGAUAUUGAACUAAACUCGUCACUAUUAUGGUUACUUAAAGAAU